AUGAAUUCGCCAGUCAUUGGGGAAAUGACGAUGCUGAUCAUUCCCUCAUUCAACCACAGAAACAGUGUAAGAGAUCGGAAACUGGCAUGGUCGACGGAGCAGAAGCUGAAGGAGAGAAGGUCAUUCGAGUGUCGUCCGGCCACCAUUCCGUCUUCUAAUAAACAAUGUGAUCCAGCUAUUACCUCUGAUAGUCAAGAAACCGCUUCUGCGGCGCGACAGGUUCAGUACAGCGACAAGAGCAGAAGCAGAGACCACAACAGAAGCAGCGGUAACUCAGACGUUCGCCAUUGA